AGGGACAGGGGCAGGGACAGUGACAGGAGCAGGGGCAGGGCCGAGGCAGGGCCGGCCCCCUCUCGCCGCCUCCCCCGCUUCCUCCCAGCCCCGCCUGUUGAUGUUUCACUUGCUUUUAAUUCCCGGGUCGCAAGAUGGAGGCGGCGCUGGGACGUCGGGAGCUGCUGCUGCUGCCGCUGUCGCUGCUGCUGCCGCCUCUGGCCGCCGCUCUGCUGGGCCCGGCCGCGCCGCUGGGACAGGAUGCAAUUAGGGUUGGUGUUAUGAUGCUGAACACCAGUGGAGAACUGCACAAAGUACAGGUUCUUUUUAACAUCACCUAUGUUAAUGGACAGGUAUAUCUAAAUGACUUCCCUAUGAAAAGCGGGGUUGCCCACAUAACAUGCCAAACAAUAAUAUUGGAGAACAGAAGUUUGGAUAACUUACCGGAGCAACAGCACCUGGGAACCGUCAGUGUUCGAAUCAUGGUUCACCAGUGGCCUUUGGCAUCCACUUCUGAUUUGCAGCUGAUUGUCAUUCAGGAAGAAGUGACAGAAAUUGAUGGGAAACAGGUCCAGCAGGAAGAAGUAACAGAAAUAGAUAUUUUAGUAAAGGACCUGAGAGUACUUAGACAUUCCAACUACACGGUCCCUUUGAAGGAGAGCAUGCUGUACUCCAUGCCAAGGGACAACGAUGUGUUAUUUACACUGCCCAACCUCUCAGGAAAAGAUACUCAAGAUCCACUGCAGACUACCAGUCAGUACCUCAUCCAGCAAGUAGAAACUACAGUGGAUGAAGAGACAUUACCUGGCAAGUUACCAGAGACCCCUCUUAGGACAGAACCUCCAUCUUCUUACAAGGUGAUGUGCCAGUGGGUGGAAGAUUUGAGAAAAGGGUUGUGCAGAUUCUGGUUUCAGUCUCUACCUAUCUUGUUUAGUUUCAUGGAAGUUGUUGUUGUUGGAGUUGUUGGAGCAGCUCUUAUUAUCAAAGUCUUAAAGCUGAUUCUCCCUUCUUGUGAAAAUAAGGGCAUCCUUCUCCUGGAUCAAGUUGGCUUUGUACCUGUGACUACCAUCAGCCUGCCUUCAGACCUUUCAGACCGGAAAAAUAAUUUAGAUGAGAAAGCAUGUACUUAAUGCAGUAUUUACUUUGGAGUUACUGGUUUUUAAAAACACACUUUUAGUUGGAUCUGAUAUUUGGCACCUGAUCUUAAUACCUUGUUUUUUUCCUGCUAAGAAAACUAAGUCAGUUGAUUAAUUGAUAAAAGGCCACUCAGGCCGAGGCCCAAAGCUGACUUCCUUGUGCCUCUCCAUAACAAGCAGCCUUUUCAGAAGCUUCAAAGUAGAACAGCGGCCUUUUCAGAAGUUUCAAAAUAGAGCAGCUUUCCACCCUGAGGGCUACCAUUGGUUUUAACUUCUGUGAAGUCACUUUUCCACACCUCAGACAGGAUGCUGGCUGCCUUCAUGCCCAUAAACCAAGUCAGCUGUCCUGACUAACAAGAUGAUGAAAUUCAGGGUGUCCUUAAGGUAGCAUUCUUUUAAAAAAUAUGAGGAAAUAUUGCAAACAUCAGCUGUGCCUGCAAACCUAAGUAAAGCUGCCCCACCUGGUUCCAGGUCUCAUAGGGUCGAGUGUGUCUCGCCAGGAAGAUACCACUACCAAACAUUUGUGUUACUCAAAAGAUCUGACAUUUUGUAUAUGCAAAACAAAAAUUUGAACAGAAGAUUUAUAUUUCAAGCACUUUACAUUUUUAUGGUCCCUUCCACUCAUAAAAAUUGUUAGCAGUUGUAACCAGCUUGCUUUUUGUAUCUGUGACAGCAGUACUCUAUCAAGUCCCAGAAGAAAAAUGAAAAUUCCAUUAAAUUCUACAGAAAUACUGGCUUACUAUUGCUGAGUAGGCCCAGUCUGCUCAUGCCAGUUUGUACUGUUAACAUUUUUCAAAUAAACAUUUAAAUUGUUUAUUA